AUGCAUAGAGCCAGCACUAUAUCAAACUCUUCAGACCCGGCCAGCGCUCCGGAAUUCGAGGCGGCUCUCAGAAACCUGCAAAGUCAAAGCGUUGCCAUAGCUGCAGAGGAAGCUGAGAGUGUAGCCAGGUUCUUGCACAAGUUCACACCAGACCAGUCAAUCGCGUUGUGGCAGGCUGGGGCUCAUAUCAUCCACGAUGAGGACUCAGAGGAAGUUCGAAGGCGAGGGUCAAAGCUGUUGGAAGUGAUCGCCAACAGGCAAGACUUAUCUCCCACAGCAAGGCGUUAUAUUUUCGAGAGCAUUUCGCGUCCAUCCGCGCCAGACGUCAUACCUGCACGUAUCAAUGCGUUGAUUGCGUUGUCAGACAAUGGCAGAAAGCUGGACUUUACUGACUCUUCUAUCUUGCCGGUCCUCUCAGCUUGUCUGAUGCCGCUGUACAAAGCUGUUGCCGCAGCGCGCUCGAAAGCGAAGAAAGGGAAAGUAUCACGCUCGAAUGGGUCCAGAUAUGAUGACGAUGCCAAUUUGAACAACUUGCUCCAGUUUGUCGUUGACGUGAUCACGCUCCAAUAUAAUCCUGCCACCACGGAAGAGAUUGAAUUUUUGCUAAACGAGGUCUUGACGGUAUGCAAGAAGACGAGCGUCGCAUUGGAUAUCAAAAACUCGUUAGCUAUCUUCGAUGCUAUCGUCCUUUAUGCGGAGGUGCCCGAAGGAAGCUUUAUGGGCAUGCUGGAAGUCUUGUGCAGUAUUCACGCCUCUGUCAAGUCCCUCACCGGCCCCACGUCUCGAGUAGUCCGCAAUCUGGCUAAAUCACGGAGACAGGCGGCGAUGGUGGAUCUUUUGCACUCCUUUCUAGUAGAGGACCCUGAUAGCAAAGGCCGGAAUCUCAAUGUUGUUCGAGGGGCGAUUGAUGUCUUCACGGAUCUUGCUCGUGCAUACGGCCAAGAGGGUUUGCCUCAAAUUUCAUUUGUCGGUUUAGUGAACUCCCUCCACGUUGUGGUCGAAAGAGAAAGCUGUCGCAUUGAAGCCGACGUUCUCAAGUUGUGUCUGAGCAUGUUGGACGGCGAGUUCGCUUCCGUCUGCAUGCAGGAGCCGGAUUGGAGGGAGUUUGUCGAACUGUUGCUCUUGUGCUCCCGCCACGUCAUUGAUGGACAUGAUGGAUGUCUUAACUCCGCCCAAGCCGCUGUGCCUACUUCGCCAUCGAAGAGUGCUACGUUAGAAGAUGGUCGCUCGAACAUUCUAGCGAAUAUCACGCGGAUUGCAGCAUUGAUUGAAUAUCACUGGGACAGACUGAAUGAGCAACAGCGAAUCGAGUCAGGGCGAUUUCUUAUGCUGAUUCAUCGACACCUUUCGCCUACUCAAGCUAGGUUGCUUCUCAGCCUAUUCAGGGAGAGAAAAGCAUGUUUUCCCGGGAAAGAUGACUGGGAAUCGCAGUCGAGAACACUCAUUCGAGCAUUUUUACAACCAUCUGAUAAGGUCUCGGAUGUCCGCAUCCUAGCUCUAGAGACGUUGAAGGAUGCAAUGUUUAGCGAUGGGGCUUUGGCUAGUUUUCAACAGAGUAAGCUUAUUGAAUAUCUUCUCGAGGAAUUUCCCGAGGAGAAAGAUCCAGUCUAUCUCGAGGCGUUGGUCUCGGUAAUGGUCGAGAUUGCGGCUAUGGGUGAUGACACUCUGUUGAAGCUUGUCGUAGACAAGUUGAGCUCAUCAAUGACGUACGAUCGCAGCAGUGAUGAUGUUCUUCUUCCCUCGGGUCAGUCUGAAUCCCGUCGCAGCUCCGCUGCGGGCAAUCCGGAGUCAUCCUUGUCAAAUGUCUGCUCUACUGGGCUUGUCAAGCUGUUUCUUCGCUUCGUCAACGCGUCGGCUGAUAGGGCUGCACUGUUAUUUGAGGCUCUCAUUUACAUAGUCCGGUUAUGGGAUCGACCUUCUGAUUCUCGGUUGACAGUUUUAAAGCUCCUGUUCAGGCUAAGAUGCGACUCCGCAGGUUCGAUCAUGGUGGCUGCCGACGUUGACAAUGACUUCCUGGUAGCUGUGCUGUCGCGGAACUUGGACGUUGGACCUAAACCGGCGCCAAGCAUGGAGGGCGCUGGUGCCGAUCGUGCGUCAAAGGCUGAAGAAGGUCUCGUUGCUCAUACUGGCAGAUUGUCACUAAAGGAGCAGUCCACUUCCGCUCCUCCGUCCAAGCCGAUGAUGCGCGGGAGUAGUUCUCAAUUGCGUAGCGGGAGGUGGAUGCCUCCUGCUUGGACGUACGUUGAGCCAAGGGGCCUUCCAGAUGAGCCACCAACAACUCCUAGUCCUUAUGUCUAUGCCUAUGAGCCCGAGCCUCAAUCUAAAGGGACAGUGACAUUAAAAAUAAACUUCUGGCUGGAAACAGUUAUCACCUUGUUGCAGCGCGAAUCAGAUUGGGAUGUCUACAGCUAUGUCCUUGCUCACCUUGGACCGCAGUUGGGCAACAGAGACUUCUUCACCAACGCUGUUCCUCAAAUUAAACUGCUGCGCAGUGUCCUCUGUGAUCAGAUAAAAAAUGAGACUUUUCGCGAACCCCCUGGCUUGUCAGGCGUCAAAAAAGCGGAUGUAGCUAUCUGCAUAUUCGAAGCCCUGGCCAUGCUUAUCAGCUAUCAUGGACACUUUGCCAAGAGCGAACAGGACGAGCUCGUCCGCGCAUUCAUGCUGGGAAUCAUUGGAUCCUGGGAUGGCACCUCACGAGGGUGCAUACAUGCUCUGUCUGUUUGCUGUCAUGAAAUCCCACUUUCGGUAACCAAAUCACUAAACGCCAUACUUGACAAGAUGUCGAAAGUGAUAACGAUGUCCCAUCUGGCUGUCCAUAUUUUGGAGUUUCUCGCUCUUCUUGCUAGGUUGCCCGAUGUAUAUGUCAAUCUCCGGGAAGAGGAAAUCCGUACCGUCUUUGGCAUCUGCAUCCGCUUCAUACAGACUUCAAGAGAGCAACGCUAUAAAGCAUCUGAGUCUCCGACUUCCCGAAACAGUUCGCUCUCGACGAGGCUGAGCGGUGGCUUACGGGAGAUAGCUGCUGCGCAAGCUGAGCCAUCUGAUACAUCUUGGCAGGAGGGCAUCUCGAAAUAUGUGUACACACUCACAUACCAUGUCUUGGUCUUCUGGUUUCUGUCUCUCAAGCUUCAGGAUCGCGCGAAACAUGUCAAUUGGAUCACCAGUCGACUAAUAUUUACAGAUGAACAUGGGAGAGAAGUGGUUGAAGAGCAGAGCGAAGUAUUUAUUGAUUUUAUGCAGAGAGUGACGUAUUCCGAUCUGGGUGACACAAUACCUUUUGAUAAAUUCCCUCCUUCUCCCGAGCACGGCCCGGUGGUGAAGAAGUCAUGGAUCGUUGGGAUGAGCAUCGUCACGGUCGAGACUGCUGCAGUGUCUGGUCUGACUCAGAUCACAAAGCGAAUGGCCUCUGGGACGACAUAUGCAGAAUAUAGACAGCGGACGGCACCAGUCCUGCCACACCAAGUUCCUCCAACACCUGAUGCUCUUUCGCUCUCUGAUGCGUCCAGUCGUACGGCCAUCUUACCCAGUCAUGUGCUCCUUCAGAUGACAACUACCGCCUUUCCGACUCCCUCAGUCGUACAACCUAUCCCACUCCCAGAUGAUGAUAUGACCCGUCGAGCAAUAAAUUCGUUCGAUCGAAAUGACAUUGUUGAUGGACAUAAAGUUGGCGUCAUAUUUAUCGACAAGGGUCAGACCACAGAGGCUGAAAUAUUGGCCAACACAAAGGGCAGUCCGGACUACGAGCACUUCUUGACCGGCCUCGGAACUAAGGUGGCGCUCCGCGGUGCUCAAUUCAAUACCCAGGGCCUUCAUGGCGAUGUUGACGGCGAGUACACGUAUGCAUGGCGGGACCGGGUAACCGAGGUCGUUUAUCAUAUAGCUACAAUGAUGCCUACCAAUCUCGAGACUGAUCCUCACUGCAUCAACAAGAAACGUCACAUUGGCAACGACUUUGUUAACAUCAUCUUCAACCGGUCGAAUUUACCUUUCAAUUUCGAGACCAUACCGUCGCAGUUCAAUUUUAUCAACAUUGUCAUCACCCCAGUCAGCCGAAUUGCACCUCGUGACUAUGCCAAGUCUGAAACGGAGGACGCUACAGACUACAAUAAGCAAUUCUAUUCAGUCAAGGUGAUGAGCAAGCCUGGAUUCCCAGAACUCUCGCCGGCUGCCACAGCGAAAGUUAUCUCCGGCAAGAACCUCGCUGCCUUUGUCCGCAUUCUUGCGAUGAAUGCCUCCGUCUUCUCGCUUGUGUGGAACCGCGAAGGCGGCGAGCAUAUAUCGUCUUGGCGCAACAGACUGCGCGAGAUCAAGCGCCUUCGUGAGCGCGUCUUAAAUGCCCAGAAUCAGGCCCCAGCAGAGGUCGGGGAAGGAAGCUACAUGGGCUACCGGCGCAACACGAAGCCCAAUCUGUACCCGGAGGACGGGUCGUCGCGACCUGGGGUGCGAACCGAUUUCAGUGCUGAUUGGAACGCGGCUGCAGACAACAACGUUGUCCAAGCCUUGGACUUUUCUCGGUGGACUAGAUAA